AUGUCGCAAAGGAAAAAUUUUAGCGAAGUAUGGGAUCAUUUUGAUAAAGUAGAAAAUGUAGGAAAGGCUGUCUGCAAAGUGUGUAGGGAAAGCUACAGCUAUAAAUCCACGAUAGCUAACUUAAAAAAUCAUUUAAAAAGAAAACAUUUAAGCACAUAUCUUUCGCUUUCUUCCCAAGUGCAAAAGUGUGAGUCCGAAUUGCAUCAUAUUCCGAUGACCUCUCAGCCGGCUUCGGGCAGUACGGAACCGAUACCGUCAACGAGUGCUGCCGCAGCUUCAGCAAUUGAACCUUUACCUGCACCACAGGUAUUUCUUAACUCGGGAAUAAAGCGAAAGAGGCAAAAUGUGAUUGACAGUUAUGUUCCAAAAAAAAUAUCUAAAGAUCAAAAGCAGCUAAUUGACCGCGAUGUAUUAGAAUUAUGUAUAGACUCAUUUCAUACUUUUAGCAUAGUAGAAGAACGAUCAUUCAUCAAAUUGAUGCGUUGGAUACCUGGUUACACUUUGCCGUCCCGGAAAACAUUAUCGAAUAGCCAUUUAAAUUUAUUAUACAAUAGUACGAAACAAAAACUAAAGCCACAAUUAGACGCAGAUUGUGAUACAAUUUGUAUCACAUUAGAUUUUUGGACUUCACGUAAAACUGAAUCAUACCUUGCUGUAACUGGUCAUUACAUAAAUCGCGAAUUCGAGUUAAAAACUAUUCUUUUAGAUUGCUGUAGUUUUCCUGGACACCACACAGCGGUUAACAUAGCUGCCGAAUUAAGGCUCAUUUUAGACGACUAUAAUUUGGCACAUAAGGUGAAUUUUGCAGUUUCGGAUAAUGCUGCAAAUGUCACUAAUGCCGUUAAAGACCAUUUAGGCUGGAAACAUUACGGUUGUUACGCCCAUUCUCUCAAUUUGGUCCUUCAGGACUCUGUGGAAAUUUUUAAUGAUUCUUUAACGAAAGUUAAAAAAAUCGUUGCCUUUUUCCAUAAAAGUACUUCUGCUUCAGAAAAACUUAACCAACAACAGGUUUUAAAAAAUAAAACACCAAAACGGCUUAUCCAAUCAGUAGACACUCGAUGGAAUUCCACAUAUUUCAUGAUCAAAAGAAUCAUUGAAUUAAAAGAUGAAGUGAAAAUUACCAUGGCUCUUCUUAAUAAUAAUUUACCGAUAAUAUCUGAAGAAGAGUGGUCAUUAUUUUCUGAUUUGAACUGCAUUCUAAAGCCUUUUGAUGAAAUUACUGCCUGCAUGAGUGGUGAAAAAUAUGUUACUGCAAGCGACGUGAUUGUGGUGACAAGAAUUUUAAAACAUUCUUUAGAAAAUUUUUGUGGAUCAAUUAAUUUUAAUAACGAAAAAAUACAACAAUUUCUCCAUACUCUGCAGCAUAAUUUUAAUAGACGGCUAGGGAAUGUGGAAAAAAGCGGUACUUUUUCUUUAUGUACUUUUUUGGAUCCGCGUUAUAAGAUGGCCGCUUUUUCGGACCAAACUAACGCGGAAAAUACCAAGCGCCGCGUACUGACUUAUGUCCAGGAGCUGAUUGCACGAAAGUGGCAGCCACCAACAGCUGAGAUUAACCCAUCUUCCUCAAGUAGCAAUAAUGACACUGCUUGGAAUAUAUUUGAUAAGUUUAUGUCCAGUACAGUUACAAAUCAACAAGGCACACCUCUCUCUAAAGCCAUCAAAGAGGUUCAAAUGUUUGUCGACGAUGACAUUUUACCACGCAAGGACCCUUCGGGUAAAUUUAAUAACCCUCAAGCCUGGUGGUAUUGUCAUCGUCACAUUUACCCAAAUUUAGCAGAUAUAUAUCGCACCAACUGCAAUAUGGUCGCAACAUCUGUCUCCUGUGAGCGUAUCUUUAGUAAAACUGGACAAAUAAUUUCAGAUAGGAGAGCUAGUUUAAAAACGGAUAAAGAGGAGAAUGGAGGAGAGAGAGAGAGCCCUGAGUCUCGUUCGACGUUCGUUACGACAAAAUCUGUCGAAGACAAUAUCGAUUCAAGCAUUUUGAUUGUGGAAGCUUGGAGUCCUGCUGGAAUUGGUCAGCAACAGCGCCGUAGCAAUCAGCUAUCGGGCAGCACCGCACCGAGUCCAGUCAAAGGUGCCGUGAUAGUGAGCGGGACCGAUACUUCCCGCCACCGCCGCCGCGCCGUAGCGCCGCACCGCCACGUCGUCGCGCUGUUUGUGCCCGCUAAGGCAUCUCCUCGACCUCCAGUGCGGUAG